AUGAAGUACUCAGCCGCCAUCGCUGCCCUCGCCGGCAUUGCCGCCGCUGCCAGGCGUCCCACCCGGGAUGUCGUCCACCCUCAGCACGUCUCUGCCCCCAACAUGAGGAACAACAGCUACCCUGAGUACUCCACCAACUGGUCCGGCUCCGUCCAGAUCGGCAAGGGCUUCAACAAGGUCCAGGGCACCAUCGUCGCCCCGAGGGCCACCGGUGGCAGCUCUGCCGCCGCUUCCGCCUGGGUCGGCAUCGACGGCGACACCUGCAGCUCCGCCAUCCUGCAGACCGGCAUCUCCUUCUACGGAGACGGCUCCUAUGAUGCCUGGUACGAGUGGAUCCCCGACUACUCGCACUCCUUCUCCAACUUCGCCAUCAGCGAGGGCGACGAGAUCUACAUGGAGGUCGACGCCUCCUCCAAGACCGCCGGCGUCGCCACCCUCGAGAACCUGACCACCGGCCAGAAGGUCACCCACUCCUUCAGCCGCCCUCCCUCCACCCUCUGCGAGACCAACGCUGAGUGGAUCGUCGAGGACUUUGAGUCUGGCGGCAGCCUCAUCCCCUUCGCCAACUUCGGCAAGGUCACCUUCACCGAUGCCUCCGCCUCCGGCUCGGCUGGCACCGUCACCCCUCGUGGCGGCACUAUCAUCGAUAUCCAGGACUCUAACGGCAACGUCCUGACCAACUGCGCCACCUCUGGCAACGACCUCAGCUGCACCUACACUGGUUAA